AUGGACUUCUUCGAUAGUCGCAACUACAGAGUGAAUAAAAUUCUGCUAUCGGCAGUUGGCCAAUGGCCUUACCAAUCGUCCAAGACGAACUAUAUUAUAGUCAUCGUCAUAGCCACUAUAGCUUGUUCGCAAUUUCUUAUGAAGUUAUGCGGCAUGUUCUCCUAUAUUCACGAUAUGGACAUUGUGAUUGAGUGCCUUACUCCGAUAAUGAUUGACAUAUUAGGUAUAACAAAAGUAGUGAAUUCCAUACUGUGCGUGAAUGAGAUGAGGGCAUUGCUUGAUCAAAUACGAGAUGAUUUUCACUCGUUGAGAAAUUCUAGCGAUAUAGAAAUUCUCCAAAAGUGCGCGGACAGUGGCAGAAAAUUCUCGAUCAUUUACAUUUACACAUUGUAUACACUAAUGGUAAUUUUUAUGUUAACGCCCUUGCCACCGUUAAUUUUCCACGGUGCCAAUGAAACGACUCGUCCAUUGUUGCACAUAGUCGAAUAUUACGUCGACAUGGACAAAUAUUAUUUUCCGAUUUUAAUUCACGGAUAUCUCACUGUUAUAAUUUGCGUCACUUCCAUCGUCGCGACUGAUGCGAUAUUCGUGAUAUUUGUGCAACAUGUUUGCGGGCUGUUUAUCGUAACUGGCUCGCGACUAGAACGAGCGUUACAGGAGAAACAUGUGACAGACACCAAUCUUCCGAUUACGGAGGAUAAAGCGUAUCGAAAUAUGAUACAGUGUGUUCAGGAUCAUAGAGGUGCUAUAAGGUUUAUCGAUCUCAUGGAAGCUGCAUAUUCCAAGCACUUUUUGUUCUAUGCUGGAUUCAAUAUGCUGACUAUAAGCAUCACGGGUGUUGGGGCUGUGACAAAAUUGGACGAUCCGUCUGAGCUUCUUAAAUUAAUAGCAGUGACAUGGGCGUUACUAUUCCAUCUAUGCUUCGAAUGUUUGAAUGCUCAGAGAUUAAUAGAUUAUAGCGGAUAUCUUUAUACUAAUCUAAUAAAUUUAAACUGGUAUAAUGCAUCGACCAGAACGAAAAAGCUCGUUCUUUUCAUGAUGAUGAAAGCGCGUCCGCCUUGUGUAUUAACGGCCGGCGGUAUGUUUGUUUUAUGCAUGGAAACAUUCGCUACGAUUUUGAAAACUGCUGUAUCGUAUUACACUUUCUUACGUUCGGCGCAAUAACGGAUUUUCCUUUUUAAAAGUGAAAUUGGCAUGGUAUCAGUGGUAUUAAGAAACAGCAAUCAUCAACCGUGAGCCAGAAAAUUUGACCUAAAAUAAAAAGAGAUCGCGAUAAAUUAUUCUUUAUCUCAAAGCUGUACUUUUAUAAUAAUAUCAGAAUUAUUAAAUAGAUGCGAAUUGUAUAACCGAUAUCGUGGCAUUUGCAUCACUAUCGCGCGCGCGCGUAAAUAUAUUUUUCUAUAGACUAUCAUUAUUUCCAAUAAGCAUUUUUAUAUCAAUGUCGGAAUAA